AUGCGCUACACUUCAAUUUUAUUGCUAGCAAUUCUCAUUUUCGCUUUCACUGAAUGUAAGAAGCUCAAAAGACAAAAAGUGAUUUAUGUUCAAAAAACAAACGGCCAAAAUCAAUUUGCCAAGCAGUUGUCCGCAUAUGAUGUCUGUAAAAUGGAAUGUCGCAAGGUUAGAGAUACGCUCUCGAAGCAAGAGUAUAUUGAGCAACUCCGCCAAGAGCUCGAAGAAGCCGAGAUGAUGCUCAAAGAGCGCGAAUCAGAAGAUAUUGCGAAGAAAGUGACAAUCGAUGGGGAGGAUUAUACGGUGAAGCACGAUGAUAAUAAAGGACCAACAUUGAGAAAAUCCCCUUCUCGCUUUGAACAUUUGAAAAUGGCUGCUGCAAAAGCGGCUGAAACUGGAAAUGAACUUAAAAAUGCUGUAACAGGAAGUGAUUCUUAA